AUGAGGAAGUGGUGACGGCGAAUACGCGGGUGUGGCCGCUGGGCCGUCACCUCCUCAGCCUCUCCGAAUGAGGAAGAGAAAGCCUCGUGCAUGAUGAGGGUGAACAGGAUGAAGCUUUGGCGCGGGCUGCCUCACACAAUGGACACAAAGAUUUACUUGGCUUUUCUGGUUUGUCUGCUGUCAGCAUUAUCGAAUGUGUCAAAGGCUAUCACAGCUGAACCUUUCGUGUCAACACCUGGAAAAGAACUGGAACUCAUGAGUACUGCUGACCCUUUAAUGAUCACCUUAAACCAAAGCAUCAUCACCAUCAAUCCAGUUAACAUCAGCACUACCAAACCGGAAGCUAGCACACUGACAGUUUCCAGUGAGGGGACAACAGAACGCCCAACGGAACACCUGACAUCCACACCAGCCACAGUAACAUCCUCCCCAGCCACAACGACAAAAACCACCAAAAACGAAACCCGUCUAGAUCCUGCCUGGGAUUCAGCUUGGGAUGAAGCUUUCACAUAUGAUUACUGGUCCCUGCAAGUGACUGGACUGUGCAUCGCCGCAGUUCUUUUCCUGAUUGGCCUCAUGGUCUUGGGCUGUGGUAAAGUCUGUCGGCUUCCCAAGUGUCGCAAAAGGUCUUCGAAGUCAUAUAGAGUGGAGCAAAGAAAAGGAGAGACAUUCUCAUAAUAGCCAGUGACGACUUUAACGAGGUCAAACGGACAAAGUGGUACUGAAUUUGUUGAAUAUUUCUUUAUCAACCAAUAAAAUGACUUAUUUCCAUUAA